AUUAAAGAUUAAUAAGAAAUUAUUUGUUUUCAUCUCUUAUAUGAGCUUGUUUUAUGUCAAAACCUCAAGUAUUUUCAUAAACAAUAGUAAGCUGGAACAUGUUCUUUGCUCACCUUUGGAUUUACACCAUUUUCAUGGACAACAAAGCGUCCGAGACACGAGCCUUUAGCUGUGAUAUUGUAAAUUUGGUGAUUUUAGUACUUGCUAUAUUGGAUAUCAUAGCCUACAAGCUCCGUGAACUUGAUGAAGCUAAGUAUGAUGGGAAAGACAAGAUGGUUUUGAUGUCACCAGGGCAACUAUGUCGUCGCUUUUCCCUUGAUGAGAUUUUGUGUGCGACGCACAACUUUGACAGCAAGUAUCUGAUAGGAAAGGGAGGCUCUGCGAAAGUCUACAAAGGAAUGAUUGAUAAUGGAGAAACUCCAGUUGCUAUAAAGAGAUUGAGUUUUGUUUCCAAAGAAGCUGGAGGCUCAGUGUUCUCAACCGAAAUUGAGAUGCUUUCCAGGUUCAGGCACAGUCAAUUGGUGUCCCUUAUUGGUUAUUGUGAUGAAUCGCGUGAAAUGAUCCUUGUGUUUGAGUAUAUUCCCAGUGGUACACUGUCUGAUCACCUGCAUCGGAGUUUUGAAAAAGGUUAUGACUCCUUGUCAUGGAUUCAGCGGUUAAGGAUAUGUAUUGGAGCCGCGCAGGGCUUGAACUACCUUCACACGGGUACGAGCACUCAUCAAAGAGUGAUACACCGUGAUGUGAAGAGUACGAAUAUUUUGUUGGAUGACAACUUGGAAGCUAAAAUUGCAGAUUUUGGAAUUUCCAAGAUUGCCGAAUUGAAUCAGGGAUGCUCUUGUGUGAGUACUGCUGUCAGGGGCACAUUCGGGUAUAUGGAUCCAGCAUAUUUUUCGACUGGCAGAUUGACACGGAAAUCAGAUGUGUAUGCGUUUGGAGUUGUGUUGUUUGAAGUUUUGUCUGGUAGAAGAGCAGUGGAUUUAAGUCGCGAUGAUGAGCAAUCGGGUUUAGCUGGAUGGGCACAAAACUGUGUCAAUGAGGGAAGGAUAAGUGAGAUCAUUGAUGCUAAUCUGGAGACGCAAAUUUCAGAAAAUUCUUUAUUGGCUUUCGUGAAAAUUGCAUACCGAUGCCUAGAUAGGAAGCCCAGUUGCAGACCAACGAUGGCCGAAGUUGUGGUAGUUCUUGAGUUCUCAUUGGCAUUGCAAGAGAGUCCAGAUUCUAGUCGUGUUGUUGGGGCAAUUCCUAGUGAUAGUGUACAGAAUUCUACAGCAGUGGAGGUAGUGUAUGGCGCACAUCAAAUGAAGCCGUUUGAGAUGAAUCGGACUAGGAUAACGUUCUCAAGGAAGGUCUUCCAGAUACUUUCAACUCCUAUACGAGCAUUAUCUGUGCAUAGUAGUAAUGCAAAAAAUUCCAGCUACAACAGAAGCAAAAACAGUGUGUUCAGUAACCGAGUGAGACUGAACAAAAUUCGCGCAUGGCUAGAAACAAACAAAAUUGACGUUUAUCCAGAGGCAAAGGGCCUCAUGAUGACUGCAAACGUAAGGAGGUUCAACUUAGCUGAAUUGUGUAGCGCAACUAGAGGCUUUAGUCCAGAUAUGCUGUUGGCUACUGGAAAACGUGGAAGGUUUUAUAUUGGUUGGCUUGACGAAGACACGUAUGCCCCCUCAAGUACUGGCACUGGAAUGGCAGUUGUCAUUAGAAGAUAUAAUCUCGACAUAUUUAGAGCUAUGCAGGAGAUGGAGGUGGAUCUGUGUGGAAGAUAUUCUCAUCCGAAUCUUGUUAAGCUUUUAGGAUUCUGUUUAGAAGGCCAGGAGUUCCUGCUUUGUUUUGAAUACUCAACAAAGGGAAACUUAGAGAGAUAUGCAUACAAAGAAAAUGGGAAAUCACUUUCCUGGGUUAUUUGGCUCAAAAUAUUGUUAGGAGCAGCUCGAUAUCUUGCUUUUCUCCAUUGCUCAGAGGAUCAUGUCAUCUAUGGCGACUUUAAGCUGGCUCAUGUGUUGCUGGACGAGGGAUUCAAUCCAAAGGUAUACAUUAGUGGAGGCGCAAGAUUUGCUCCUGCAGAUGGUGAUAUGCUUGUAACAGGCAUUCCUCGUGUAGAUGAACACUAUUGUCCAGGAUCAGAGGGCUAUUUAUCUCCAGAAUACAGAGAAGCGGGCCGGUUGAGCUCAAAGAACGAUGUGUAUGCUUUCGGCGUGGUGUUAUUAGAAAUACUGACAGGAAUCAGAGUGGUCAAUGUUAAUGAAAGGAAUAAGAAGAUGAAUUUGGUGGAUAAGGCCAGACCUUAUCUAGCCUGCGAAGGAAAGUUUAAGACGGUGGUAAACCCGAAGCUGCUAGAGCAGAAGUAUUGUCCAAAGGGAGUACAGUCAAUUUUAUCAGAUGUUCCAGCACUGGCAUUAAAAUGCCUUGAUAUUGAGCCUGAAAAACGCCCCUCAAUGAGACAAGUUGUGGAGAUCUUAGAAGAACUCAAUACCAUUAUAAAGUAAAUGGGAUGUUUUUGCUUGAAGGUAACAAGUUUUAUUCUAGAGUAGUUAUUUUAUAUUUGAUUGUAAUACUAAAUACAGAUUUAUGAUUUUUGGAAUGCAUACUUACCUCCUCAUGAAAUUCUUUUAAAAGGUUUUUUGACAAUUUUUACCAUUUUCUGGUUUCAGUGCUUGUAUGAAAUAGUUCAUUAUAAAUUUUGAAUAAAAGUUGAUUUUUACU